AAGAAAACUAUUUACCCUCUUUUAAGAAAUUGAGAUUCUGACUUAAUUGUUUUUAUUUAGACCAAAUCCGGUCAGUGUCCUUACAAGGCUUGGAAGCAGUUGACCACAAAAGCGAAGACUUGUUUUUGCAAGCGGUGCCACUUAGUACUUCCACCAAGUAGGCAAGUAAUCUUUCUUCAAACCAAAACAUAGAAUGCUAAUGCGACUGUGUACUGAAUAAUGGGAAAAACAUCUGUUUACUAAACCUAAGCCGUUUUAUGUGGGAAAUGUAUCAGUUCUGAAUGACAGACUUCCGUAAACAAUUAGUUUUGUAAACUAAGUCUAUUUGAAACUUGAUUCCUGGGUGAUCUUCAGUAUUCUUCAGACUGUGUCUAGAACAGUUCCUUAACGAACUAUUGGCCAUGACUCGGAUAAAAUGUUUUGUUAUAUUCAUUGUAAUUGCAAAUCAGUUAAAUCUCAGUGUUGCCGUUAUGUGGGAGCGUCUUCAUUGUGCUUCGGACUCCACGCAAGAAAUGCCAGAGGGAAUAGUAUCCGAUAUUGGAAGGUUCCCGUGGCUGGGUAUUGUACAACAUAGCUUCUACGUAGCGGGAAAAACUCAUUUUGCUGUUACGGGGGCGGUACUUGUACAUCCAGCGUUUGCCAUCGCGCCUGCUGAAGACAUCGCUAAGAUUAGCCCUGACCAACUUAUUAACAACACUAAACUAAUACUUUGGGGAAGUAAGGACCUCAAAUACGCGUUGGAUGUCAAAGACGUUAUGUUGCAUCCACAAUACCAUGAGAAAGUGACGUUUGCUACAAUCGCUCUUCUAGAUCUUGUGGCUUGGGGGGAAAACGAAAUAAGCGAAUGGAGAGCUCCGGUACUACCUAUCUGCAUGCCAGUAAAAGGUUUCGGAACUUUCGACGACAUAUUUGCGGUGAAAAUGACGGAUGUUGACGGCAAUAUGCAGAAAGAGAUAAUCCGAAUGAACUACAUUGACGAUCGGGACUGCGCAGAGUUUUACUAUAGAGCUGGGCUUACAUACGGAAAGAUGACUCCAGUGAAUCCAAUCUGUGCUGUGUCGCAGUUCUCCUCGAAGCCUUGCGUAUGGGAUGGAGGCACCGCGCUUAUCACCAGACAAUCCUGGGGAUUCUGGAAACUGCUAGGUUUUGCUGUGCGCGGUCCCGGAUGCGGUGCUCCCACAAGGUUCCUGAACGUACACGAUUAUCUGCCCUGGAUAAACGAUGUCAUCACCGAUAUACCCUUAGCAGACUUCAAGGAUACAUACAAACUGGGCUUACGUAGAGUUUCACCUAUUAAACUCGUCAUGUACAAAGCCAACAUGAAUGUACCAAAGUCCCAAGGACAGUGUGAUAAGAAAUCCCGAGGUGGAGUUUUGUACAAGGACAGCUCUGAACUUGUAAUAAACAGGAAUUUCGUACAGGGGUUUUUCUUUUUGGUCAUAUCACAAAUCGCGGAAUUUUUGUGUGCGGAAGUGUCUCUAGACGUGAACUCCCAAACUAACGCCGCUGUAUGGUUGGAACACAACUGCCACCACGAUUCCAUGGGUCUGGGCAUCGGCCAGGAUAACCCCAGUGAUCGCACUAAGGCCAGUUGUUUCAUCUACUACAAAACGUCGGCGUUCGUUGAAUUUAGAUUUUUCUUUUCCUUUAAAGCAGUCAUUGAAGUAGCUAUGUACGGCACAGACCAUAUGGAAAGACUAAUUCCUAAUCCAUUUAUGUCGUCUCAGCAUACAACUCCAUGGUGGCCUACGCCAAAACGUAUGAGAUUCAAUUACUUUGUUCCAGAAAAUGUAUGGUGGUACAGCAUGUAACCUGAAACGAUUAAAAAUAUAUUAAAUAGCGUAAAUCCAUAAC